AAAAAGCAAUAUGGCAGCGCCGAUUUAACCUUAGUUAUUAUUAACUUUAUUGUAACUAUAAUAUAACUAAAUCAGUAUAUCAUAACUAUAACUAUGCUAUAUGUUAGUAUAAGUUAAUUUAGUUACUAUUAUGUCAGCAUCAUAUUAUUUAUUCUUAUAAAUGUGAAUUGCAGCUACAUUUAUCCGGUUGAUCAUAAUUUGCACUGGAUUGGCAAUUGUCAAUUGAUGUGAUUGGUAAAUAAAGUAAAUUUAUAAUUAUAAUGAAAAUUUAAUUUUAAGUUAAAAAAACUGAAAAGUCUUGAAUGGGCUUAAAUUUAAACGUAAAGUAAAGUUUAAAAAAGAGAAGAAGAGUCUUUAACUUUACAAAACAAUACAAAACUAAACCACAGCCUUAAUUAGUUUGGGUAAAUUUUGAGUUAAUGGUAUGGGCAUGGGUUUUUGCCAAGAGUUUUCUCACCCUAAGCUUUAACUUUAGCUAAGCGCAGUGACAUCACAUUGGGGAAUCCCAACACUGGACUUAGGGUGAAUAGAUCUAUACUAUUCUUUGAAGGACCCGAACGAUGUGUGUUAUAACAUUCCUGUUCUUUAUUGAGCAUUACUCGCAUCAUAAACGAUACGGUUAAUAUGAAGUAUAUUAAUAUUGAAAUAAAAAUUUUCAUUAAUCUGUAUUAAAAUUCAACUUACACGUUUCAAAAGAAAAGAAACAGAUCCUUGCUAAUACCCAAAGACCCAACACCAGUGAAAAAAAAGACGCCCGCCAAAAUUGCUGUAUUUUGAUUUAUUGGCAUUGGGUUUAAAAAUUAUACUUGUUCAUUGAUGGCAGAUUUAUUGAAAUCAAAAUACCAGUAUGUUGAAACUUGGGUAACAAAAGGAAGACUACUGCUUUUAACUUAAAUUGCAUUUGGAAUGAUCUUCUCCCCAAAUCCCUGCCCUCGCUUUAAAUAUGGUACCAAAAAAAGAAACAGAUCUAGAAAUUCUCUGGGGAGGGGAGACCCCCUCCUCAGUACCCCUCCUCAAUUUAACAAAAAAUAUAAGAUAAGAAAACAAUAACUUGCAUUAUGUAAAUACAAACAUUGAAAUCUUUUUAGUAUGGCACUGUAACAGCGCUGUAGACGGAAAUGGACCUGGGGGAACUUCCAUGACCGAUAUACCGUGGAACACAUCGUCAGCCUUACCGCUAACUCAAAACCAGCCAAUAGUUUGCCCACUUAUCCAAACAAUUGUGAACAAAAAUAAAUAAUAAUAAUAAUAAUAAAGUUCAUUUAAAAAAACACGCUUCAUCCCCAAAGGCUCGAAGCGCGGUACAAGGUCAACAAAAAACAUAUCUAUAAUUCACCACAUUUAAAACAAACACAACACUACAAAAACUAAUUACAAGCAUACAUAAAUACAGCAAAUCAUAAAGGUACGGCGGACAAGCAAGCAAACAAACAACCAUCCAUACACUCAAUAUAAAAGCAACAGAAACACAACAUAAAUACAUAAAAAAAUGCCACUGAAUUGUUCCCCUUCAGAAUUGCUCAGAGUGAGCUGAGGAUCCAAUUUAUAUGCUUUUGCUGUUCUUUUUUUUUUGGUCGUUGAUGAAUGCUGCUGGGUUUGUUUUGCGAGUUGCAAUUCACUAAGCUAUGCAAGUAAUUUUGGGGCAAAUGUCUGCAUUCGUCAUGCGGAGUGUUUGUUAUGAGAGGGGUUGUUAUGCAGGGAUCCACUUUUCAGCAUUUUCCGCCCAAAUCUAAGAGGGUUGACCUAUCAACAGUAAUUCAUUGCAAUAUAUUGCAGCUAAUCCACAUAAAUUAGGCUGCGGCUAUUCAGACCCGGGUAUCAGAAGUGAGAGUUUGGAUUUAUUUAAAAAUAUUACAAAUAUUAUUGUAGGUUUUGUAAGACAAAAUAAGGUAUCAAAUAAAAGAUAUUUGAAUUGACUAUAUUUUUUUAAACUUACUUCUUCAGUUUAACUAAAAUAAACUACCACAAAUGACACCCGAAAAGCAUUUAGUCUAAAGGGACCUGGACACGCAAAGCCGCUAUUCGGACCAUGGUCCCUUUAGACUCACUGCCAUUCCGAUGUCAUUUUUGGAAGCUUAUUUUAGUUAAACUGAAGAAGUAGAGUCCAUUCAAUUAUCUUUCAUUUGAUAUCAAAUUUUAUCUUGCAACCCAACAAUAAUAUUUUAAAUAUUUUUUUAAGCCCAACCUCAUUCUUCUGGGACCUGGGUCCGAAUAGCCACUUCAUAUAAAUUAAUAGAAUCUACUACUUAGGUGAAAAAUUUCGAUGACUUUUGAAUAAAAAAUAAUUUUACGUAAAUUUCCUUUUCAUCCUAGUUACAAGUGCACAAAAGUCUUAUAAUGACAGGCUUACAUUUUUGGCAACGUCUUUUACUACUAAGAUGGCACAGACAAUUGAAAUUGUUUACAAAGGCAUCAAGCAUCAAUUGCCUAGUUCAAAAGUCUUAUUUAUCAACUUCAGUAAGUUUAUUGGUGAGUUGUUAAAUGCUAUAAUUUCAUUAUCUUUGUGUUGUUAAAAAUUUUUCAAAGUGCAUUUCUUUUUACAAUUCCAGCUCAUUUCUUGCCAUUGCUUUCAAUCUUUCCAGGUACAUUUUCCAUUGUUUCUAUUCAUAUAUAAACCUGUGGAUUUUAUGGUUCCUGAUUUUAUCAUAUGAUCACAGGGAUCUUUUCAAAUUAUUUCAUAAUUAUUUAUAUUUCAGAAUAUUUGAUAAUCUUUAUCACCAAAACUUGGUUGUACAGGAAUCACAAAAUUUAACACCAAAUAUUUAAUGUUCUUCAUUCAAAUCUGGGAGUUAAGAGUAUUUCUUGAGGAUUAAUUUACAGAUACCGGUACAUGUUUUUACAAUAUUACUUCCACACGUCUUAGAUUACUUCUCAUCCGUAUUUCAGCAACAGCACCAACAACUUCCAUUUGAUUUAAAUGAUUUUCCAGUGGAACGCAUAAGGAACUUCAGUAUUAUAGCUCAUGUUGAUCAUGGAAAGAGCACACUGGCAGACAGACUUUUAGAAAUCACAGGUGGGUGGCCAUUCAGAAACAUCUCUCUCUAAAUAAGUUCUGGAAAAUGUUUUUUGUUACUGGUACCUGAACUUUCACAACCAUGUUUUAAACAUAUUUUGUGCAAUACAUUCCAUGAAUACAAAUGUGAUUUCACAGUAGUUGAAAGUGUAUGGCAUGGACUGUUGGAUUAAAGUACUUUUAGAGAUCACUAUUACUAGUAGUGGAUAAUACUGAUGAGUAUUUUGAUUUACAGCCAUAUUUCUGUCAUAUUUAUGCCUUCUCUGGUAUCUUUCUCAUAGGAACAAUACCAAAGGGAGAUAACAACCAGGUUUUAGAUAGACUACCAGUGGAACGGGAAAGGGGAAUUACUGUCAAAGCCCAGACAGCAAGCUUAAUCUAUAAAUACAAAGAUCAAGAAUAUUUGCUUAAUCUAAUAGAUACACCUGUAAGUAUCAGUGUAAUUAUGUAAAUCAAAUUGUGCAAUUAAAUAUGUGGUUCAUUUAAAAACUGCACAGAUAUAUUAGUUGAAUUUUUUGCUUUUUAUUGAUUUAUUGAUCUUCAACUUAUUUUGGAUAUUUCAAAUAGGUUUUUUUCAUAGUAGAAUGAUAGAACAUAGUUAAUAUAGUUAAGUAAUAGCUACACUAAUAUAGGAACUGUUUGUUCUAUUGAAAGCUAAGAAAUCUUUAAAUUAAUUGUGUAAAUGUCUGCUAGACUGUGUUUGUUGCUAGAAAAUACAUUGGUUGCUCAAAUCUAAACUAGGAGAAAAAAACUAAAUUUUUGCACCUCACUAUUUAUUGUUCUAAUAAUUUUUGCUGUCUAGCUAUCAUUUUUGUUGGCAGGGUCAUGUUGAUUUUCACUAUGAGGUAUCCAGGUCUUUAGCAGCAUGCCAUGGAGUUAUUUUACUUGUUGAUGCCAAUCAGGUCAGUGGCAGUGUUACAAGUGAUUCAUCUGGAAUUGAGCUCUGAUUGGUUUAGAUGAGGCUAUUUUUAGAAUGGAACUAAAAUUAUGCUAAAUAAUUAUAAAGAAUUAUCAGUGUCAACACCUGGAUCUAUCUUCCUCAUUAGGAAGUGUUAGUAGCCCUAGUGUCACAAGGAAGUGACACACACACACUUCUUUUCUGAAUCUUACACAAAACACAUAUGAUGAAAAGUCUAAAUUCUUUAGCAAAGAAAUAAUGAGUUAAGACCUUAUAAAUCUUUGAAUUGUCAAUUGUCAUUUGCUGUGAUCUUGAAUAUGCUUGUAAAUUAAAAAAAAAUUAAUUGCUUUAUUUUAUUUUUGUAAAGUAGGCUAAUUUGUUUCCCGAUGUGUAUUAUAGUAUCUGUCUGAAAAUAUCACAAACAAACCCUAGUAUCAAUGUUAUAUGCAAACCCAAGACACAAUCACUUAAGUCUGUCUUGUGUGGGUAACUUCUCCUCCCUAUCCGCUAUGCUAGACUUGUCCCACAUUGUGCAGUUUUAAUAUUUUAUAUCAUUUUGUCAAAUUGGCUGGAAAGCAUUACUAUUAGUUUUAUAUAUAUUAAUUAUUAUAAAUAAAUAUAUUUAAAUAAUCACAAGUUUUGCAUCUAACCCUGGAUAUUACCCUUAAUUGUUUUGAUAUCUUUUAUAUUUCCUUCACAGGGUGUCCAAGCACAAACAGUGGCAAAUUUUUAUUUAGCGUUUGAAGCAGAGUUGACCAUUAUACCAGUUAUAAAUAAAAUUGAUCUGAAAAAUGCUCAACCUGAUGUUGUAGCUGAUCAAAUUCACAAUUUGUUUGACAUUGACAAGAAAGAUAUAUUAAAGGUAGAGACUCGUUUACAUGAAUGUUUGAACGUGUUACAAUCUUUAAACAUUUUAAGGAAACUGAUUAAAAGGGGGCAGCAAACUGGGUUUAAAAAUUAUAUUUGUUCAUUGAUGGCAGAUUUUUCUAUGCAAGAGAAAUUCUUUAGAUGUCUUGUGUUUGAAUUGGUAUACCCUAUUUCGCAUAUGUAAGACGCAUCUCAUACAAAGUUUAAUGUACCCCACACCAAGGGUGCUUCUUAUAUAUGGGUGGGUCUUAUGUAAAAUAUUUUUUACACAAAUCGUCUAAACCCGCGUCUUAAGUAUGGGUGCAUCUUAUAAUUAGGUGUGUCUUACAUGCGCAAAAAUACAGUAAGUACUAUUUAACAGGUUUGAAGGUACAGUGUGUGAUAUUGAAGGAUGAUUAUUUCUGUCGAUAUUCACAUUUCAAGAUUUUAAUUUCCUAAUUGUAAAAACAAUUGGGUAAGUGUUCAUUAAUUACCAAGUGUACCAAUUCAAUGCAGGCCACUUGAAACUUAAAAUACUUUUGUUUGAAUGCAUUGUAUAUCAAUGAAGCCUUUGCAUCUGGCAUUUAUUGUUUCUAGAAUCUAGAUAUCAGGUACUCAACCCAUCUGCUAUUGGCCGGCGACAGAUAAGAAUAAACAAUAAUCAUUUCAGUCCUGCCUCAGACAAUUCUUGAUCUACCGGUAAACUAAAUAUGGUAAUGAAGCCUUAUUUACAUCCGAUGGGUGAUGAAAUAUUGGAAAAAUUUUCAUUUAUGAUAAGGAAAGGAAACCACUGGAUAUAAAUUGCUCAGUGCUGCAGAUGGCUAGGCCGCGUCCAUCUUAUGUAAUUUUGUUCAAUACAAAUAGUCAAAACCAGCGUCUUAUAUAUGGUUGUGUCUUAUGUAAAAUAUUUUUUACGCAAAUCGUCAAAACCCGUGUCUUAGAUAUGGGUGCGUUUUAUAUGCAUGAAAAUACGGUAGUUUUGAAAUUUUCUCUUGGUUUAAAUAUGUAUUUAUUUUUGUACUAAAAAUGAAAAUGUACAAUGUCAUAAAAAACAAUUUCAUUUAUUUGGAUGAAUAAAGAAUCUCAUCGUAUCUUAACAUUUUUUGGUUUGAACAUCCACUCAUUCAACAUAUUUUUUUAUGCUAAAUUCAAAUCAACUUAUUUUUAUUUUGUAGGUAGCAUGGCUGAAAUAAUGUCAAUGAUUGAAAUAAAGUAAUUUAAUACUAGUUUUUAACAAAAUAAUGUCUAGGUUUCUUUAUACAGUUCCUGUAUUAAGAGUUUUUUAUUAUGUUAAAUUUACAAUUAUUUCUUUAACUGGCACCUCAAUUAGAUCUCAGCCAAGCAAGGUAUUGGUAUAGAGGAAGUACUUGCAGCUGUUAUUGAAAGAAUACCCUGGUAUGUUCUUAAUGUCACUGUCAUCUGUUUCAAAUUAUUUGUUUUAAAAUGUAGGAUUUUUUUUUGGCACAGCAACAUAAUUAGAGAUUAUGAAUUGUGUGUUUUGCUCGCUGUGUUUAGAUGUAAACUUAGGACAAAUUAAUUACAAAAUGUAAUUCCUUAUCACGUAUUGAGGAGUGGUUGAAGACCUAUUAACUUUGAAAGAUUCUUUGUUUUACCAGCCCCAAGCAUGACAGAAAAAAGCCACUAAAAGCAUUUGUGUUUGACUCGUGGUAUGACCGCUACAAGGGCGUUGUUGCUCAUCUAGCUAUUUAUGAUGGUUUUAUGAAGACAGGUACUUUGACUUAAUCAUUUCUUGAUAGCGUAAAAUAGACAAUUUUAGAAUAGUUCCCAAUAUUCCAUUUUUUUAUUUGAUGGACUUGUCAGUGACACAUGAAAAUUUAUAUUCUUUUUAGACGGGAGUACAGAAGAAGAUUGGGUAUUAAUAAGAUUUGUAGCAAUAUAUAAAAUAUUUUUUUCAGUGAUUAGUUGUUUUAUGCUUUAGACAUGGAAGGUUGAUUUUACAUAAGUGUUGUUACUAUUGUUUGAUGCUUUAGACAUGGAAGGUUGAUUUUACAUAAGCAUUGGUACUAUUGUUUGAUGCUUUAGACAUGGAAGGUUGAUUUUACAUAAGUGUUGUUACUAUUGUUUUAUGCUUUAGACAUGGAAGGUUGAUUUUACAUAAGUGUUGUUACUAUUGUUUGAUGCUUUAGACAUGGAAGGUUGAUUUUACAUAAGUGUUGUUACUAUUGUUUGAUGCUUUAGACAUGGAAGGUUGAUUCUACAUAAGCAUUGGUACUAUUGUUUGAUGCUUUAGACAUGGAAGGUUGAUUUUACAUAAGCAUUGGUACUAUUGUUUGAUGCUUUAGACAUGCGAAGUUGAUGAUACAUAAGCAUUGGUACUUACUUUUGUCCUUAGCACCAGAUAUUUUUUAAGGUCAUAUAAUUUCAAAAGGUCAUCAGAACUGUAAGGUCUAUUUGCAAUUCUGUUACAUUUAGUUAAAUUGUUACAAAUAUUGAAAUGAUGGGUUUAAGUAUACAAAUAAAUAAGAUGUUUCGAUUCAGGUGAUAGAAUAACAUGUGCCAGCAAUGGGAAGACUUAUGAACUUAUAGAAGUGGGGGUCAUGUAUCCUACACAAGUUCCAUCUGGAUUUUUGUAAGUAUCCCAUCACUGUAAAAUUUAUGUGGAACAUUUUCUCCAACAUGACCUAUCAACUAUUGUUUUUAAUCACAUCCUUGCCUAUUCCAUCUCACGUCUGACAUAUCUAUCAUAAAAAUUUCUAUAUACAUCUUUUUAUCCUGCGUGGUAUCUGUAUUAUCUGUCACAUCCUAACUAAAUUUUUUUCAUUAUAUCCCUCCUGAGAAUUGCAUGCAAGUCUUAAGUUCUGUUUGAAAACAUCCUGUCUCAGUGAAGUGUAGAAGUAUUUUAAAAAUAUCUUUGAAACUAUCAAAAUGCCAGGUAUGCUGGUCAAGUAGGAUAUGCAAUGAUGAACAUGAGGAACACAAAUGAGGCCAAGAUUGGGGACACAUUUUACCAUGAGAAUAUUCCAGUCGAGGCACUUCCUGGAUUUAAGGAUGCAACACCAAUGGUACCAUUAUUCUCUACAACAUUAACAUAUUAUAUUAUCUUUCAUUUGAUCACAAAUGAAACAUUUAUUUUGACUAUAUAAAAAUGUUAUUACUGUCUAAAUGCCUGAUGUAUUUAUUAGAUUGGCCAUAGAGAACCUAUAGCCCAUUCUGACCUUAAAAUAAUUCUUUGCUUCCAUUCCACAAAACCUUUAAUUAUUUAGAUUGAAUAGACAGAACAUUUUUUUUUUUUCAAAUGUAUCUUUUUUUGCAUGCUUACAUAAGGUAUUCAGAUCAUUAAUAAUUCAUAAAAAUUGACCAACUUGUGGUGAAAUUGUAGUGUGUGUUUGCAUCGCAACCACAAUAGUGGGUUCACAGCUUUGAGCAAAUAGGUGAGUGGAAUGGAUUUGUCAGCAAGGCACUUUUCCUGAGGUGAAGGAAAACUUGGCUAAAAAAAAUUGAACCACUGAAGUAGGCACAUUGUAGUAGUAGCCAACUUUGCAAAGAAUUAAAAUUGUCCAGUCUACACUAUCAUGAGAUGUCAUAUUAAAACUAGAAAUGUGAUGGCUCAUCACUGUAUAUAAAGCAAGAAAAAAACCAACAUGUUGAUUGAGUUGCUGCUCAGUCGAAGUAAAUGGGUUGAUAAAAGCAAGGUGUUGUAACUGUAACAUAAACACCUGUUCAACCCAAAUGGAUUCAUCAAGUGUAAGAAUAAGUUUUUUCCAGUGCCAGCCCCUUCUAACGUUUGUUUACAAUGUUUAAAGAAUGCAACACUCAUCAAAACAUAGCUCCGCCUUUAAUAUUAAUUUUCUUUCUUUUAAUGCUUGAAAAUCUUUUGACUCUCUGUAGGUGUUUGCGGGCAUGUUUCCAUCAGAGCAGUCAGAGUUUCCCCAGAUGAGAAGUGCAAUAGAGAAACUUACUCUGAAUGAUCGGAGUGUGCAAAUCAAGAUUGACAAUAGGUUAGAGAUCUUGAAAAUUAAAUUUUCCUUUAUUUGAGUGGCAUAUUUUGAAGAACUUAAACAUUUUUCUGUUUUAUAGUACAACCAUAUAGGAAGCAAUACUCCUUUAGGGCCCAAGCCUCAUUUGGGGUCCUAUUCUCAUUCAUAGUUCAAUCCAAAUUAAGUUUUAAUUCUUAUGUACAAACAAAAAUUUCUCCAAAUGUAUAUAAAUUAUGUUCAUUUCUUAAGAUGAAAAAAAAACCAACCCACCCAUUUCAUAUGGUUUAACUGGUCACAUUUCUUCCAUUUUCUACUUUCAAAUUCUCUUUGUAUUCCCUUCCUACCUUACAGACGAUAUGAAAAUUUAAAAAUUUAGAUUUUUCGUAUUGAAAAUUUAAGUAAACACCAGAAGAGUCAUCUUAGAAUGUUUAAUACUAUUUUUGUGUUAGCCACUAUGAAUAGAGUUGUAAUUAAAUAUAAUAGCCAAGAAAACAUUCAAUUGUACCAGUCCUGCUCUAGGUCAAGGCUAUCGCCUCGGUUUUCUGGGCCUGCUACACAUGGACGUGUUCAAUCAACGAUUACAGCAAGAAUUUGAUGCCUCUGUCAUUGUAACAGCACCUAAUGUGGCCUUUAAAGGUUGGGCGACUUUUUUUUCAGAAACAAAAGUAAUGUGCUCUUGUUUUAAAAAAAAAUUUUUGUUAGGUUUGGAAAGUGGAAAGUAAUGGAAAUGAUAUUUAGACUGUGAUUUAUUAUUGGAUCAGGUUGAAUUAAUGGAAUCCAUUUGAAACUCAUGCAAACCUGAAGAAUGCUGACUGAAUGAAUUUUUGUUUUAUUUGUGAAUACUAUAAAUAGCUUUUGUGUACUCUUCAGUGAAAAUAAUUGGGGAGAAGAACAUCAAGCAUUAUGGCUCUAAUGAAAUAACUGUUCUUAAUCCAUGUUUGGUGAGUACUUUCUUUGUUCUGAAGAAUAUUUAAAAAAAAAAAAAUACUUUGGCAUUGUUUUUUCCUUUGACGUUCAGAACCAUAUAAAUGCUUACAAAAGGGCAGUGACAUUUUGUAAAUUCUGAUUUAAUUGAAGGAUUGUUCACUCCUGUUUCAGAAUGAAAUUAUAUGAGCAUUGUUUGAUACAAUAGUUUUUUUUUCCCCUUAACUCUUUCGAUGCGGAACAACGCACACUGCGUUCAUCUGCCAUUCUUAAAAGCACAGACCAACGCGCUGUGCGUUGUUUCAAUAUCAUGUCUCUUCGCUAUUUCUCGGUUAAAUUUUUUAAGAGCUAUUUUUAAAUAAGACUUUUACAUAGAAGAGUGGUACUUCAUUGUUUACAAGCGAAACCAAGGUUUAUUUGUUGUCAUUUGAAGCAUUAUUUUGACGAUUUUCUUUGGGUUUUUUUUUUCCUACUGUUGCUAUGGCUACCCUAGGCCCUAGUGCGUAAGUUUACUAGACGAUUAACAGUUAAAAAAGCUUUGGAACUGUUUUAUACUAUUUCUUUUGAUAGUGAAGAUGAUUUAUAUUUAGAUGCAUUACAUGAUUCCGAUAAUAGUAGUUUUAGAGGAAAUGAGUUAUAGAAGUGAAGAUGAGGUAUGCGUACAUUAUAGGGUUUGGGGAAAAAUGGUUUAGCAUAAAAUGUUUUCACAUUUUAUGUUUUUUUUCUGUAUCUUAUUUUAUUUAAAGUGAAGAAAUAAGUGUACAAACAUUUAGUCCUUUCAAUUACCUUUCAUUUGAUACUAAGUUUAGUCUUAUAAACCAAAGAAUAUUAUUUAAAAUAUUUUUUUAAAACCCAACCUCUCACUCUUUUUCCGCAACGAAAGAGUUAAUUCUUUCUAUCUGUGCUAGUGCUGAGUCUGAGAAAAAUGUAUAAAUAUGAUUAGCUAUUGACACUUUCAAAGUAAGAAGAUUGGACAUUUUAACUAAAAAAAUUAUGUUCUUGCUAUCUAGCAUCACUGUAGAGUUGGAAAUCCUCAGUCAUUUACAAUGUUUUAUAAGUUAAUUCAUCGAAAUACUUCCAGGACUAAGACAUAGUAUCCUUACAGCAACCUAUUCCCUAUUGCUUAAAUUAAGAGACCAAUAUCCAAAUUAAAUCAAAUUUAUUUCAUCAACAAGAGGGGCAUAUUGUUUUUGAAUUAAUAUUUUGAUGAAGUAUUUCCGAUGUUUUAUUUAAUCAAUAUCCAUAUCAGGAAAAUUAAUCAAAAGAAAUUUCGUAGACGGUAAAUUGAUCGACGGUAAUUUGAUCAAAUGGAAAUUUGGUUGAACAUUUUUUUCAGUUUUUACGUUAAAAUUUUGCUUCAAAUUUCUUUUUGAACGCAUUAUUUUGUUUUACUAUAUAGUAUAGUGUUUCAAAUGAAAUUUGACGAAAAUUUUAACGUGUGAACUGAAAAAAAGAUUCGACCAAAGAUUCUAUCAAAUUUCCGUCAAUCAAUUUACCGUCGACGAAAUUUCUUUCGAUCAAAUUUCCGGUAACCGUUUUAUUUAAUCAAUAUCAUUCAAAUAAUUUGAUAAGUGGAUUUGUUUUCUCAGAUGCCGAUCCCAGAAAUAAUAACUGAAUACAGGGAGCCGAUGGUGGAUGCUACAGUGAUUACUCCUGCAUCAUACAUGGCUUCCAUCACUCAGUUAUGUUUAGUGAGUAAUUUUUAGCUUAUAAGAUAGAAGUCCUCCACUGCUAAAUUAUGAGUUUACUGCAUCAGAUAAGACAAGUUAGAUUUAAUAAUUUACAGUCAAUAUUUCUCAGACCCUGUUUUUAAUAUCAGAGAGACAGCUGACAAAGAAGUGAUUGUGUAAAAUCCUUCGUUAUUGUAUGUAUGAGUGUAUGUAUGCUCCCUAAUUUUGGUACUAUUGUUAUUGGUAUUGUCUAAAUCAAGAACGUGACUUUCACAGCUUUCUUAAAUGACAUAAUAAGUUCUGUUUUGCACAAUUCACUUAUAUUAAAUUGAUCACGGAAAAUAUUUGAAUGUAAAAUAAUAGCUGCUCCAUAGCACAUCAUUAUGUUGCUCAAAUUAUAAUAAUAUCCUUGGACAAUAAAAACAUCCAUCCAUCCCACGGUCGCUGUAGCCCGUGUAGGGCUUUGACCUGCCUCACCACUUCCUUCCACUCAGACUUAACUAAUGCUUUUCUAUUCCAUGCUUGGAUUCCCAGUUGCUGUAGAUCAUUUUCCACAUUAUCCAUCCAUCUAAGCCUGGGUCUGCCUUUGAGCCAUUUUCCUCUGGGAUUUUGGUGGUGGACCCUUUUCACUCCUGUCAUUUGGCAUUCUUUCUAAGUGUCCCGCCCUGCGUAGCCUGCCCUUUUUUAUUUCUGCUACUACCAUGGGAUCCUGAUAUAGACAAUACAGUUCCUGGUUGGUUCGUAUUCUCUAUCCAUAUUCAUUCUUUGUAGAUAAAGACAGCCUCCUUCAUAGCAAUCUAAUAUAUCACUCUCUCUCUGUCAGACAUGGUUGAACCAUUUUCUUGUCUUAGCAUGACACUUUUAUUUCUUGUGCAAAAUCUUGUAUUCUCUCGUAUCUAAAAAACAAUUGUCUUAAUACUGAAACGUUUCAGUUUUAUACUUGGUGUUCUAAACAUUUUGUAGCUCAGCAUCUAUGUUUUUAAAUGUUCAUAUCAGAAUAUUUUAACUUAUUUUGGUCUAUAACCUGUUUUUUGUCAAUGAUUAUCCCCCUUUGCUGACAUUUGCAUCAACUUGUGCUCUGUAGGAUCACAGAGGUAGAAUAAAAGACCAAUCAUAUAUUGAUGACACACGUGUGUUGAUCCAAGUAAAAUUUCCUUUGGCUGAGAUACUUGUAGACUUUUUUGAUGAAUUAAAAUCACUGUCAUCGGGCUAUGCAAGGCAAGUAUUUUCUUACAGAUUUCAACCCGAUGUCCUUAAUGCCUAUUAGUUAAACUAUCCACCCAAAGUCUUCAAUUUAAUGCCUUUUAAAUAAAAUCCCAACCCAAUGUCAACUUAAUACCUAUUUGAUAAACUACCAACCCAAUGUCAACUUAACACCUAUGAGAUAAACUACCAACCCAAUGUCAACUUAACACCUAUUUGAUAAACUACCAACCCAAUGUCAACUUAACACCUAUGAGAUAAACUACCAACCCAAUGUCAACUUAACACCUAUUUGAUAAACUACCAACCCAAUGUCAACUUAACACCUAUUUGAUAAACUACCAACCCAAUGUCAACUUAACACCUAUGAGAUAAACUACAAACCCAAUCAAUGACUUCAGCUUAAUGCUGAUUAGAUAAACUACAUAUAUUGAGAGUUUUAAACAAAAUCAAAUUGCUAAAUAGCCAAUCCAUAUCUAUAGGUGAUUGAAGACAAUAAGAUUUUCGCUUAGUAAGGGAAGAUACAAUAAAAAAAAUUAUCUGAAAUUCAAUCUAUUAAAAUUUGUUAACUGCUGCUGACUUUGGUUCUGUAUAUUUAUAUGAAAAGAUUGGAUAACAAAAUGGAAAUAAUGAGUUUUAGCUACUAAACUACAAUUCUUGACUUUAAAAAAUGAAUUGUAUUAAUUUGUAUAAAAAUAUAUAUUAAAAAAAAAAAACAACAAUUUUUUUUUUAUUUGCAGCUUUGACUAUCAGGAUGCUGGAUACGAAAUUUCAGAUUUAGUUAAGGUAAGGUAUGAGACUCUAAAAAAUAAAACAUUGUUUUGCUGCUCAUUUCCAUUUGACUUUCCUAGCAUGAAAUCUUUAAAAAUAUUUUGGCCCAAACUUCUCAUUUUUUUUAAUUGAAAAAAAUAAAUUGCUGGCAAUUGUGCAUUAUUGUGAGUUCUAAAUAUACAUUUAAGUACUCAGAAUAAAGAUAAACAUUAUUUCAGCUUGACUUUACCCUCAAUGGACGUGAGGUUGAAGAACUCACAAUGAUAUGUCAUGUGUCUCGGGCCAGAGAAACAGCCAGAAGAGUUUGUGAAAAGUUGAAGAACACCAUACCUCGCCAACAGUUUGUUAUCACUGUUCAGGGUAAGGUCAACCAGAAAGUCAUAGCAAGGGAGGACAUCAAGGCGUAUAGAAAGGAUGUCACUGCUAAAUGUGUAAGCAAAUAAGAUUUUUAUUUUUUUUUACAUGUAAACAUUUAACAAAAAUGAGAUGGUGAAACAAAUUGUAAUCAUAAUAAAUUUAUUUCACAGCUUAUGAAAUUAUACAUAAUUUUAUCAAAAAAUCACUAAGGUAAAGUGAAAACAUACUGACAAAAUGACAAGUGAAUCCAUGCACUUCAAUAUUUAAAAAAUGAAUAGUUUUAAUAUGAGGCAAAUUUAAAAAAUGAAAAAAAAAAAAAAAUUAAAUCCAAAUAUCUUAACAUAAUGAGAAUAAUUUAUACUCCCACAACUAUAUAAUACAGACAUUUUAAUAAAUAAAAACAAAUUAUAAUCAUAAUAAAUUUAAUUCACAGCUUAUGAAAUUAAAAAAAAUUUUAACAAAAAAUCACUAAGGUAAAGUGAAAACAUACAGAAAAAAUGACAAGUGAAUCCAUGCACUUCAAUAUUUAAAAAAUGAAUAGUUUUAAUAUGAGGCAAAUUUAAAAAAUGAAAAAAAAAAAAAAAUUAAAUCCCAAUAUCUUAACAUAAUGAGAAUAAUUUAUACUCCCACAACUAUGUAAUACAGACAUUUUAAUAAAUACAUCAUUAGAUCACAUAAAGCAUAUGUUCAGCUACAUGUGUGUGGACAAUAUGAAAUAAAAUCAGAAUUGCUUCUUCCAAACAAUUGAAGCUAAAGAGCCACUAUAAUGAUUUGUCCAAUUAUCAUAAACAAUUGUUGCACACAAACUGUAUUAAAAAAAAGUUAACUUAAACUCUGCCAAAAGAAGUCCUACUCAAGGGUGAUAAUACCAUAUAUUACUGAAAUUUUUAUAUCUCAAUUUUGUCUUUUUCAAAUGAUCUAAAAAAAUGACAGGGCCUGUUUGCAAUGCUAUUUUUAACGAGGUAUUAAAUUUUAUAAACAUUAAUAUAUAGGGCUACAGACACCACAACUCAUAUUAUCCACUAGUUUUUUUUUUUUUUGUAUUAUGUAUGCUGCCCAAAAAUCUUGACAGUGCUUCGAGUAUUUCAGAUGAUUAACUUAGGGGGGCCACUCAUAAAUGGGGGUUGUGAGGGGGUCCCCAAAAUCGUGUGAAGUUAUUUAUGGAUUAUUACAAAAACAAUCUCCUCCAUUCAAAAACACCAUCUGAUCUGUGUGUACAACAAGUAGCGUGAAUUCAAAUAAACUGGAAUCCUAUCCACCUCUUUUAUUAAUUUCAAAUAGUAGUGUCUCUCUAUUUGAAGGUUAUUUAUUUUAUACAUUAUUAUUGUAUUGCAUUUAAUUCAGGUAUCUGAAAAUGAUGGCUUGUAGUUGAAAUAACUUCUUGUUGUAUCUACGGAUAGUUUGUGUCUUUUAAAUCACAAACCUCAAAGAAAUGACACCUCCAUUGUGCAUGAACUAUAGAAGAUUACAAUCUGAAAAGUUUAUUUGGUUCUUGAAUUUUUUUUUAUUUCAGUAUGGAGGGGACAUCACAAGAAAGAUGAAACUCUUAAAAAAUCAAGCUGAAGGGAAAAAAAAGCUUAGAUUGAUAGGAAAUGUUGAAAUACCUAAAGAUGCUUUUAUAAAAAUUCUUAAAAGAUAAAAUUAAACAAUUUACUGAAAAAAAUUGUAAGUUUUUUUUAAAUUUCAUUAUUGUGCAGUCAUUACUUCGAAGUUGGAAGAGAAAUCCAUAAUUAUUAUGUAUAUAAAAUACAUCCAUAAAUGAAAUUUCUCAAUUCUUUAAUGCUUAGUAUUAUUUAUUGCAAAAAUUUAUUGUUGCAAUCAAUGCUACCAAUUAAUACAAUUAUAAUGUAAUAAAUCUUUUUUGAAAGAAAUGCAUUAUGUAAUAGGUGUGAUUUGUAUUCCUUACUAACAUAACUCUUAUAAACGACAUUCAAAUAGUUUAUCUAAGCAACAUGGUUCAUUAACUUUUAGUGAAAUGCAUUUAGAACCCAGAGUGAAAUAAAAAAAAACAACUAAAAUUUAAUUUAUGCAGCCUAAUCUCUCAAGAUAGUAACAUUGCAGUUUAUAUAAACAAAAAUUGCUAGCAAAGCCAGAGCAUUUCUUUUUGUACCGGUAGUUGGGAAAAUGAAGCUCGGUCUGUUGUCACCUAUCAAACUAUAGGACGGAUCCAAUCUUUGCAGGUUUUUAAUCUGAAACAAAUAAAAAAAUUGUGGACACACUGGCGUAACACUACAUAUGAAAGUAGGUCUUAAAUCAACCAAAAUGUUGAAUGACUAAACAUAUUGCAUAUACAGUAGACCAAACUAGUUCAAUAACUGAAGGAUAAUAUAUGCAGACUAUCUGAAAGGUUCAGUGAACAUCUUUUGCCCAUUGAACAAAACAAGCCAUUCCCAGUCUCAUCCCAUUUCAAUGGAGGUGAAAACAAGGGCACAUCAGAUGUAUCCAUCACUGCUCUUAUUUCUUGCAUCAAUACUUCAGCGAGAGUGAAGAAUGAAAACAAAUCAAAGAUUUUCGCCACUAAAUAACCGUAUGGAAUCAAUUUAAAAAACUCACUUACUAAUGAUCUUUUAUAUUCCUCCAUUUCUCUUCUCAUUUUUUUUACUGUUUACAAUUUUACAUUAAUAAUGCUUAAAUUCUUUUACCGUUAUUAGUACGCACCUUAAAAUAAUGGGGGACGCUUGUUUUGGUUUGAACAACUUAACUUCCGUUUCUAACAAUUGAGUAGAGCGCGUCCUAUUCUGAACAUUGAGCUACAUUGAUUUUAUUGAAAUAUUUGAACACGUUUUUUAAUUAAUCUUUCGAUUAUUGUAUAGUAUUGUCUGCUGAAGAAGGCAUCUAGCUGAAACGUCUGUUUAAUUGUCUUGUCUUUUAGUGGCAAGUCUAAACAUAUCUUGUUCCACUAUUUAUUUACUUCAGUAACUAAACACAGCUCUUAUGGCUGAUUUCAUCCAUUAUUAGCUCAGGCAUUUAUUUAAAUCUUUGUAAGAAGAAUGAAGAACUAAUAAUCCUUAGCACAGUAACUUACAAGUACUUGCUUCAUCAUUGGAAUCUCUCUCAUCCAUCAUGUCGGUGUCGGGAUCAUCACUUUCCUCUUCCUCUUCACAUUCUUCCUCAUCUUCUUCUUCCUCCUCCUCCUCUAAGUGCUGCAAAAUAAACAUUGGUCACAUCUUAUUGUUGGUGUGUUAAAGAAUAUAUGUUUCAAAUUCUAAGCAGUGUUGAUAAGUGGACAAUAUACACCACUAUCAUAAGACCAGUAGUAACAUACGCUAGUGAGACUUUGUCCCUUACCAGAAAAACAGAGAACCUGUCAAUACAUGGGAGAGGAAAAUCCUCAGGAAAAUAUAUGGCCCACUGAUAGACAAUGAUGUUUGGAGAAUCUGUACAAACCAAGAGCUAUAUCAAUUGUACAAAGACCCAUGCAUAGUUGCAACAAUAAAAAAAGGCAGACUACGCUGGACAGGACAUAUUGAAAGGAUGCCGGAUUGUAUAGCAGCAAAAGUGAUAUACAGGCAGAAAUCUAGAAAUCACCAGUCGAUCAAGACUGAGAUGGAUCAAUAAUGUUACACCAGUUGGGGGUUCGCACAUGGAGGUGGAAAGCCAUGGAUUGAUCCGAAUGGAAGGAUGUGGUGGAGUGCCACUGAUGAUGAUAUUGAUAAGUGGGGAUGUUUUUACAUGUAUGGGAGACAUAAGGUCUAAUUUUAAAUGGAAGUUAGUGCCUGUAGUGCUUCAAUGUAUGUGAUUUUCUAGUCCCAUUUCAAAAUUAAAAAUUGAAGUCUACAACUUUUAAAUUUGUAAUACUACUUGAGAGAUAAAGAAAUCAAAACAUAAAAGGCAAAAUUUAGUCACCCUUCAUAAUUUUUAAUAGGCAUCUGUGAGCUUACCUCUGAUGAUUUCCCAAUGGGAACAAUGUUAUUGUCUUUCAUAGCAAUUGCACUCAUCUGUUAAAAGAUUCAUAACAUAGAUAAUGUAUUUAAUAAUUUUUUUAAAAUGUAAACAUUUAUAGUUUUCAACAAACUCAUUAUUUUUUUUUGAAAGAGAUAUCACCUUGAAAAUGCAGCUGAAAUAAUAGUUUGCUAAUGCUUGUAUCAAUUUAAAACUUUUAGCAUCUCCUACCAGUAGGCUCAUUGUCACUGAGGGACAUCAUUUUUCUUUAAUAAAUAAAGAAUAAUGAAUAAACAAUAAGCCAAAGCUCUUUGCCAACAAAACUGUUUAUCUCCCAAAUAUGUGCCAAGAAAUUUCAUAAUAAUGGGAUCAUAAAAAAAGCUAUACAAGUCUAUAUGUUAAAGGCUUCAUACAUACUCUACACUUUUCAGUGAACAUAUAACACUGGCUACUACACAAACUUCUAGGCUGCUACUACUAACUACUAUUGAGCACUUCUAACUAGUGCUAUGGAAGAUAAAGGAGUAAGUGAUAAAGUAUUGUUAAUGUUAAGGUUAAGAGUUAAAAGAACUUUAGAACUACCAUAGAACUCAACAAGUGACUAGAGUCUGAGUAGUUAGUAGUUACACUAGACUGGGGUUGCUAAGUAACAUUUCAAUUGUAGCGAGGAAAAGUGAUUUGCUCACAGUAAUCACAAUGCAUAUAAAACAAGCAAGGUCAGCAGCAAGGGAUUAUUAUAUUAUAAAUAUUUAUACAUUUUCAAAAUUUAUUCAUUGGGGACAUUAAACAUUAGAUUAACAUAUUACUUUAAUUUUUAUGAUAUUGAUUAUCAAUAAUUUAAUCGAAGUGUCUACACAGCGGCGCCGGACAAAUAGUGCGGGAGAUAAGCGUCCGGCGGGAAUGUCAAGUGACCGCCAGACGACUGGAAGGCGUUAUUAUUCUUGCAGGUCAUGUGACAAGUGGUCGCCGGCAAAAUAGUUGCAUUGCAUUUGAUAUUCCGAUCCCUAGAUAAUAAAUGAAUGCUGAACAUGUUAAUAUAUUCAAAUGCACUGAGAUACAUAAAGUGUUUGACUUUGAAUAUUAAACUAAUCGGCCUAUAUACUAACUAGUAGAACUAUUACUACUACUAUUACUAGUCUAUUUGAUUCGGACUCUUCAAAGAAAAAAGUCCUUUAUCUUGGUUAAACAUCUUGUACAGCUCGACCUAAAUUUAAAAUAUGAACAAAAAAAUGAGACCAGUAGACUUCAAUAGAUCUAUGUCAAUAAAGUUGUAUUUUAGGAUUAGUAUUGCAUGAGAAGUAGGCUAGGCUACCACUAUAUCGGCCCUAUAUUAAGAUGUAGGGUCUAUUUCUUUGUGAACUAUCUGCCUCCCCCCCCCCCUUAAAUUAAUUAUUUAUCACCCUCACUAUUAUUUUUUUAGCAUUAAUAUUUUUUAUUACCAUAAUUCUCUCUCCCUCUCAGUAUUGCAUUUUUUUUGUUACCUUCCUCCCUCCCCCCCCCCCCUUAAAUUAAUUAUUUAUCACCCUCACUAUUAUUUUUUUAGCAUUAAUAUUUUUUAUUACCAUAAUUCUCUCUCCCUCUCAGUAUUGCGUCCUUCUAGAAUGCAUUACCGGUAUUGCUUAACUCCCACUUUGUUUUGGUAAUAUACCCAAGCAUUUUUUUCUAUUAUUUCUUUGCAAGAUACUCAUUACAUUAUUUGGCAGAGAAAUCGAUUUUAAAAUUAAUAAUGGUUUUUGAAUCAUUCGUGGUCAUGUGACAAGGCUGACGGACAAAUAUCUCGCGUCACUUUGUUACGGCGGACAUGUGACUUGGUCGCUGGACAAAUAGUGCAGGAGAUGUACGUCCGGCGCCCCAGACGUGAAGACACUGCCUAAUUUAUUUUAUGGCUUAACUAAAUUCUAACUCACAAGUUACUCAUUUAGUACUACUAAUGUCUAAUAGACUUCUAAUUCUAAUAUUUAAAAAAAUUAAAUUACAAAGAGUAGAAAGAAGGCAACCAUAUAAUUUUUAAUUUUAAUGACUAUACUGUAAAAAAGUAUUAGCAUUUGUUUUUCCAAUUUUACAAUGCACUGAACUGUUUUGUUAGUCAUUAGUCAAAAUAAUGCGUUGGGAGUGCGAGACUUAAACUAUUCACGAUGUAGUGUUAAAGUGAAGAAUGUGAAAGACAAAAAUAGUUGGCAAAACCCUAUACUCUUCUUAUAAAUAUAAUUAUAAAGUAUAAUCAUUAUCUCAUAAUGUAUAAAGAAGUAUAAAGUUGUAGAGUUCAAAUAUUUAUUUCCUCAAAUUACAAUAAAUUAACUGAGAUGAAUUUAAUUUCACAACCACCUGUCAAAAAUUGAUUUUAUUGUUAUAAUUUUAAAAAAAAAAUAAUGUAUUAUUAUUUUUUUAAAAAUAAUACCGCCUUAAUCUUAAAUCUUAAUGGACGACUGAGCGAGUUUUCAUUGAGUGAUGUUUGUUAUUAAAUUAACAACAAACUAACCCAAGCUUGAUGCCUUUCUUCAAGAAGUGUGAGCUCGUUCUCGUCAUCUCUAGGUUUAUCAACGUUGAACCAUAAGGAAUCUUCAACUCUGGGUAAAGGUGAAGGAAAAUAUGGAUUUGACAUGACUUAAAAACAACAUACAAGCUCACUCUUCCGAUGCUAAAAUAAACAUGAAUUAGCUC